AUGAGUCCCAAGAAGGGGGAAACCGGGGUUUCCAUCGACCUUAUGAGUAGUACCGAAGUCAUCAAGCCGACGGAAGACCGACUUCGUUGGGGUCCCUUCACCGAAAAAAAACGUUUCAUCAUGUUCCGACAAAACAGCGAUAGUUUCUCAACUUCUUUUUUGGGGGUUCUGAAGGAGUUCAACACAAAACUGAGUCUGAAAGUAACUCGGCUGAUUCGAUCGAGCCCCGGCCUUGGAUUUCUCUAUCCAGUCCCUCCAGGCCUUGGUUUUCUCUAUCCAGUCCAUCCAGGUCACGCGUGCCGCGUGGGUGACCGUGGACUAAUCAGUCCCACGCGUGACUGA